ACCACAUAAGUAUCGAUACGAAGUGUAAUUGCAGCGGCAGCGCAGAAUUCGUAAUUUGACAAAUUACCAAAGAAAAUAAGAUCCAAGCAAGCAAAUAUGGCUGAAAAAAACAAUGUUGAGGCUCAAAAUGUACAAAAGGACGAAAUGAUUAUAAAGAAUAUGUUGAAGGAACAGAACGUGAUGGAGUACGAGCCACAUGUUGUCACUCAAAUGCUAGAGUUCGCGUACGGCUAUUUGACUGAAAUAUUGAGUGAUGCCAAGGCCUAUUCGGUACAUGCUUCCAAAACUACCAUCGAUUUAGACGACAUGAAGUUGGCCAUUAACAUAAUGAUGGACAAGAGCUUUACAGAGCCGUCACCGCGUCACGUAUUAGUUGAAACUACUAGACAGUUCAAUGUGGAAAUUCUGCCCAUCCCGAAGCCCCAGUUUGGCUUGCGUUUGCCACCACUUCAUCACUGCCAGGUCGGCCCCAACUUCAAUUUGCGGCCUACAGAUCCAAGGCCAACGCCAAAUAAAAAUAUUGUUGUAAAUAAACCACCGCCGCUGGCUCUUCGCAAAGACUGCACGGUUUUUCUCAAACCACAGGCGCCUAGGAAACCGUUGGUCGCUAAGAAAGUGGAAAGUGGUAACAAUGGUUCUAGGAAUAUGGAGUUGGCUAGGACACCGGUCACCAGCGCUAUGUCAAUGCAGGUGGCCAAGAAACCGGUCAUCAACAUUCCGAAAAGUCAGGUGGCCAGGAAGCUGACCAUCGACGUAAGCCAAAUGCAGGCGGCCAGGGCAGCGAUCAUGCAAGUUCCCAGAACAUAUCGCGACGCACCCAAAAAACGCAAAAACCAAAAGGAUCAGUGA